AUGGCGGGACACAUGAAAAUGACACCCGGCUCCAGCUCGACUUGUGGUCCACUCCUCGUCCUCCUGGUGCUGCUGCUCGGUUUCCCUCCGGACUCACACCAGGACCCAGGAAAGGAAAGUCCAGUGGUGGAUCUGCACGAUGGAGAACAGUACGUCCUGUCGGGGUCCAAUCGGUUCUGCUACCAGAACUCCAUCGUGCCCACCUGGAGGCAAACGUGGACCAAAAUCCAGGUCAAAGUGUGGAGCUCCAACGUGUUCAAGGUGGUGAUCGUGGAAGGGGAGGAGGAGCUGCAGGAGCUGGACCGCUUCAGCAUGUGGAGCUGGUUUCAGGGCUUGUUACGUGAGCGGCACAAUGAAACCACCAUCAGCAUCAGCCUCUUCAGCAAGAAGACGUGCUUCCAGAUCGAUCCCAGUGCAAAGGCCCAGUACACUAUCAAGCCUCUGCGCAAGUUUGAUAUCUAUCUGUUUUUGGUUUUCCUCUCUGGGAUGUUGUUGUUGGUCUUUGCAGAUUCACUCAGCCGGAGUCAAGUUUUCUUCUACUCUGCCGGUAUGAGCACAGGCAUGAUCGCCUCCCUCAUCAUCCUCUUCUUCAUUUUGUAUCGCUUUUUACCAAAGAAAAGCCCUUUUUAUGUGUUGAUUGUCGGUGGCUGGUCAUUCUCUGUCUACGCCAUCCAGCUCGUCUGCAGGAACCUCAGCGUGAUUCUACGAGAACACUGGCACUUGGCUUUAGGCUACAGUGGACUGGUGGGAUUCAUCAGUUUUGCUGUGUGUUACCGUUACGGCCCCCUGGUGGAUGAGAAGAACAUCAACAUCUUGUCGUGGACACUGCAGCUGUUCGGCCUGCUCCUGAUUUACUUCGGAAUUCAAAUUCAGCAAGUUGCCUUCGCCAUCAUGGUGGCAGCUUUGAUCUCCAAACAUCUGGAGUACCCAGUCUCAUUGGCAGUUAAAGCAUGGAGGCGAGUCAGACGGUUGAGAGUUCGGUGGAAGCCGGAGCCACGGCGCCUGUUGACGGAGGAGGAGUAUCAGAGGGAGGCGGAGGAAGAGACCCGGCGAGCGCUGGAUGAGCUGAGGAAGCAAUGUCACAGCCCAGAGUUCAGCCCCUGGAGAACAGUGUCGAGGAUUCACUCCCCAAAAAGGUUUGCUGAUUUCAUCGAGGGGUCCCCUCACCUGAUGCAGAACGAAGUGUCCGUCCACGCUCAGGAGUACGGCUUCGGUGGAUCCUUUUUCGAGGAUGAAUUAUUUGACACUGACGACGAGGAGGAAGAAGAAGACUUGAGGCCUCUUAUGGUUCCAGAGUGAGACGGAGAGCGAGUUCUGUGUUGGAGUUGUUUGAAAAGUUAAAAACAAUCACCGUCAUCGCUGCCUUUCAGGAAGGUGCUGGGACAAACGGCUCCCUGCAGCUUCUGUGCAAACGUCCAUGAGGAGGAUGGUUGUAAACGCUGGAUCAUCACUUCAGUCACAGGAGUCACCUUGACCCUGAGUCCCGGGCAGAACAGUGUGUUAUCAGCAUGUGACUGCCUCAUAGCUUCAAAGCCUGUGCACUAAAGCCAGAUCUCUUCUUUCUCAAGGGAAAAAAAGCAGAUGUUAAAACUCUGUUCGAGGCUCAUUGGAAGUCAAGGUGAAUUUUUACCGGGUGCUGGUACAUUUUGAGUUGUGUGGUAUUUUUAGUCAUAAUUUAGAAAAGGUUUUUUAGUUUUCAAAGCUGCAGUAAGAGAGUUGAUUUCACGUGCACAUCACUGUGCUCGGUGCACUCGUCUCUGAACAGCCGCAUGUUGACGGUGGAAGUUAUUGUUCGAGGUGUUUUCUUCUGCAGGGAGGAAUCGCUUGUUCCUGUUUUGUGUUUCACGUGUUUCAGUUCAUUUUAAUGGACAAAUCAGCCAGGGUUUUCCAAACUAUUUUGAAUUAAAAAAUAAUAUUUGCACUCUGACAUGCAUGUAGUGGUAUCAUUGUAUACGAUUGUGUUACUGUAAUUGUGUCAUGCAUUUUAAGCCAAAAACUGACUUCACUAGAGAAAUUUCAUCGAUGGUUGAAAGUAAAAGGUAGUUUUGAGGUAUUUUUACUUCACUACAGUUAACAUGCAAAUGUUCAUUUUUUACUGGAUAACUUUUCUCAAAGUUAUAGUGACUUUGAAAA